CAACACUCGUACCCAGCAAAUAUUUCUGUGCAUUGCAAUGUUAGUGGAAGUGUUUUUUUACGUGAAUUUAUCGUUUUUAUUUAAGGCAGAGGGAAUACCGUACGGUACCUAAGUUUAUUCCACACAUUCAGAAGUGAUCUGUGUUUUUUUUAAAUUCUUCAUAUGGUGUACGUACGUUGAUUCUGCUCAUGCAGAUAAGUGACAGUAGAACAUGAAAAAAGCUACAAAAAGAUAUGAGGCAUUCGGCAGCGGUUCUGAUGAAACUAAUAUUUUAACUCCAGGAGUUUAUUAUCCACCUAAACGAACCGUCAGCUGCUCCCGUCAGAAAACAACAAGACAAAAAUGCAAGCGUGCCGUUCUUAAAAAUGGUGAAUUCAACAUCGUCAAGUUCACACAAAAAUUCGGUAUAUUUUCCGAUUGGUUCAUUGCUUUAGUGGAAGCUAGAUGGCGCUGGACCCUAUUUGGAUUCUUCGCUGCAUUCACGUGCGAUUGGUUAGUUUUCGGCUUCAUUUAUUGGCUAAUAGCAUUGACACAUGGAGAUCUAAUACUGGAACAUCUCCCCCCGAACCAAAACAUCACAAAUUGGACACCUUGCGUUGAAAAUAUUUAUGGUUUCACAUCAACUUUUCUAUUCAGCGUGGAGGUCCACACAACUGUAGCUUAUGGAAAAAGGGCAAUAACUUUGGAGUGCCCAGAUGCUAUCCUGGCGAUGUGCAUACAAUGCAUUUUCAGUUCUAUUUUCCAAUCUUUUAUGGUCGGGAUCCUGUUUGCGAAGCUGACCAGGCCAAAAGCAAGAACGCAAACGAUAUUGUUUAGCAAAAACGCGAUUGUGAGUUUACGGGACGAAAAACUGUGUAUGAUUUUUAGAGUGGGCGAUAUGAGGAAAUCUAGAAUACUGAAUAUAAAAGCGUCCAUGUUUAUUUUACGGUUGAAUAAGGAUAGCGAAAAUAUUGAUGAUACUGAGCAAGUUGAAAUGAGAGUCGAGUUAGACGGUUGUGAAUCUAGCUUCUUUUUGUGGCCUGUAGCCGUGGUUCACGUGAUUGAUAGUUUAAGUCCUUUAUACAAUUUGUCGGCUGCUGACCUUUUUGGGGGCAAAUUAGAGAUUUUAGUUGUAUUUGAAGGCGUGAUUGAAUCCACUGGUCAACCGGUGCAGGCCAGAUCAAGUUAUACAGAAGUUGACAUUAUAUGGGGUCAUAGAUUUGUGUCUAUGGUUGAGAUAGAUGAUAAGAAUCAAUUCUUUGUAGAUUUCUCUAAGUUGAAUGAGACUGAGCAGGUUGAUACGCCUUUGUGUUCUUCCAGUGAAUACGAAUCUGUAAUAUCUUCUAUAAAUAAUAACGUAUGUUCUAUAGAUAAUGGCGAUAUAACUAGAUGACUAUCUAUUUAUAUAUAAAAUGGUUUUUCAUGUACAUUUUAAUGAAUUUGUAAUGAGCAAACAUAUGAAGUGUAAUGUUUGCGUCAUGUUUUUUUUUACUUGAAAUAGCAAAUAAUUUAUUGCUUUUUGCUGCUAGUCAAAAAGUGUGAUAGUUUUAUUGACUUUACCAGAUUUUAGCUCUAAGUAUGAUGUAAAUAUUUGAGACAAUCAUUAUUUUUACACCACAAAUCUUAUCAAAAUUUGCAGAAUGAUAAAAUGUAAGAGCACAAUGGCAAGGUUUUGUGAUGAUUAUAAUAAAGUUAUAAAAAUACAACAUGAAAUUGACAAUAAUGAUUUAUCUUUGUCGAUUUGAUGAUAUUGAUAAGUAUCUUUAGACAACUUAAGAAUUAAAUUGCCAGUUACCUUUCUCUAUUUUUAUUUAUUCUUAUGGUAAUCCUCACUGAUUGCGGGAAAAUUAGAGACUCUAUGUAACUAAUUAGAAAUUAAUUAUAAUACCUACCC